AUUACUGCAUUGCGGCAGUCUGAUACAUGUCAGAGCUUCGCGCCUUCACGCUUAAAGCGUUACCCACAAACAUUAAACACACACUCAUUUUCUGAUUCUCUCUCCCUAUAUAAGAAAGUUGCAGACUUUCAGUUUCAGUUCUGCGCUUUCUCUCUUCAAAUAGAGAAAGGGAAAGUGUUGUGCUUUUUCGCUUGAUAUCACAAUUGGAGGGUGAGUCCUUUUUGGAAUGAUGUCGGGAGCUAUAGAAUCAGUGGCUUAUUGUCCAACUGAGGAUGCUCUUGGUAUAUUGUUAGAGUACCUAGUUGAUCCAAAGCUACCCUCGAAAUCUUCUGCAAGGUGUAUCCCAUCACAAUCUGAUCAGGAACUAGUUGCAAAACAGGUUCAUGCAGUUGUUUUACUUUAUAACUAUUACCACCGUAAGCAGCAUAUACAUUUAGAAUUUCUUGGUUUUGAAGACUUCUGCAAGUUAGCUGUAAUUUUGAGACCUACUUUAUUCCCUCAUCUGAAACUAAUGCAACUGUCCAAUGAUACUGAGCUAGAUGACCUCGAAAAGCAGCUUUCAUUGACAGAGAAAACGAUUAUGGAUGCAUGUGAUAUUUCCACAAGUUUAGAUGCAUCCAAAAGUGUUCCAAGUUCAGAGGGAUGGACAAUUUCCAAGGUUUCUGUCUUUCUAAUAGACUCACUGAGGGAGAAUUGCUUACUGCAGUAUGGUUCCAUCACUGAAGGUGUUUGGUCAGUGAUUGAGAAAGCUGUGGAACUCUCUUUUAACAAUUCAAAGUGCAACAUGGACUCAGAGCCCACAAACAGAAAGAAAAGAUUUAUUAGAAAACCUUUGAGAAAUGAGCCAGGUAUUGAUGAAGCUGGCCUUCAGCAACAUGCAUUUUCAGCUGUCGAGGAAGUAACUGGUAUUAAUCAGGGAAGUCUUCUGAUUUUGGAGAGACAUGUCGUAUAUUCUACCAGUAAAGAAAAGACGGCUGCCUGCUUUUAUAUAAUGCAGUGCACACCAAACAUGAAUCAUGUUACCCAAAAUCCCAUUAAAGAUGCUAUUAAUAGCUUGCAGGGCCCUUUGUUCAUUAGGAGUUCUAGCCGAUGGAUUCGUACUGCAGUCGUCGAAUACUUCCAUUUGCUUCCUUAUGCUGAGAUUCUGAAUGACUGGCUUUCCAGGCAAAUGCUUCAUGAUAGUUUGCAAGUUCAGAAAGUAGGAUCAGAAACCAUAAACGUAAACUUUUCCAAAAGGAUUAAAGAAUCUUGUGAGUCAGAAGUUCCAAAAGGUUCUGAUAGAAAGCAACCAGGCAACAAGACAGGCUUUGGAUUAACAAAGCAAAAUGAGGAUGAUGGGUUUCAUGUGGUUGAUUUGUCUAAUGAAAAAGAUGAGGCCCACAAUAUGGAUGUGGAUGACUCUUUUGUGGGAAACACCCAAACCAACAACUACCAAAAAAUGAUGACUUCUGUAGAUGGAUGUUUAAGUGGCUUGACGAACAAGGCUAGGAUGGCUGAUUCAUUAAAGAGGCAGAGAAUUACUCAAAGCAGAGAUGGAACUGUUGUCAGUGAAAACAAGAACUACAACAAUGUCUCCUCAGACAACAAUGUAAUGCCAAAAAAUGACAAUGCACUAGUUGAGUAUCAGCCAAAUUCCAAUGAUCUUGACAAAGUAAACAACAUCAUAGCUUCAAAGAAUCAAGAUCUUGACAACGUAAGCACCAAUGCACUAGUUGAGUAUCAGCCAAAUUCCAAUGAUCUUGACAAAGUAAACAACAUCAUAGCUUCAAAGAAUCAAGAUCUUGACAACGUAAGCACCAAUGCACUAGUUGAGUAUCAGCCAAAUUCGAGAGUUAUUUUAAGCAAAAGGGCUAAACUGUGUUUUCAGCUACGAGACAUAGAAGAUCAGAUUGUGCAGUGCGAUAAAAAUAUCCAGACAAUUUUAAAUGGUGGUGAAGGUGAUUUGGCCCUGAAGUUAGAAUCCCUUAUAGAACGUUGUAAUGAUGUAUCCCAAACAAGUCUUAUCCAAGGAACAACUUGUCAGCAUGGUGAUGACCAAUGCUUACCUCAAUUUAGAUUGCCUGCCAGUAUGCCCAAUAUACAAAAUUCAUGUCAGAAAUUGGAUGUCCUAUGUUCUCAAAACGAUUGGAUAUUACCAAAUUAUCAUUUGUCUGCACUAGAUGGUGGAUUCAAAGCUAACGUAGCUGUGAAAGGGACUGAUUUUGAGUGUUCAAGUGAUGGCAACUUGCAUUCCCAUCCGCGCCAAGCAAGAGAAUCAGCUGCCGAACGAAUGUUGAUCAAACUGCAAAAUAAGCCCUAACAUAGUCUGACAAUUAAAGCAGCUCUCAAUGCAAUCAUGCGGGCAAGCAUUUACAAUUCAACAUCUGAACAGAAUCAGUUCCAAAGCAGUCGGAGAUUCACCAAUCAGGCCAAGCCUCGUUGAUGUCCUCUCAGCCAUUAAGGGUGUGGGGAGUGGAGAGUUUUCAGCGAUGUGGUGGGAGGUUUCACCUUGUGAUGGAGUUAUGAAAGGGUGUGGGGAGUGGAGCAGUUUCAACCUGGCCUCCCGGUUGUGUAAUCUAAUACAUGCUAAAACUAAUGUCCAUUAGAUAGUUAUAAUCAAUAUAGUUAUGAAAUUACCUUUAAGGCAAUAGGAAUAUAACUAGCCCCCAAUAUAUUAGUUUCAUAUUCUGUUUGUUGAUUUUAAUGCUUUUGACUACCAUGUACAAUUUCUUUUUACCAGCAGCACAAUGCUAUCAAACAUAUGUUGAACAAAAAUCUAUUAGCCUUUGUGGCAAUACCAUAUUAUUAUAAGUAA